AGAGGAGAACCGGGCUGGCAACCGAACCGGGCUGGCAACGGAACCGCGCUGGGACCCGAACUAGGCUGGCAGCGGAACCAGGGUGGUACCUGAACCGAGCUGGUACCUGAACCGAGCUGGUACCUGAACCAGGCUCUCACCCGAGCCAUGCUGGGACCCGAACCAGGCUGGCACCCGACCCGGGCCGGCUCCCGAGCCGUGCUGGCCCCGCUGAGCCUCGCCCUGCUCCUGCUGGCCCUGCGUGGCCACUGCGAUGACACCGUGGCCGCCAGCGUGGGCCGGCACACCAUGGGCCGCAUCGCCGAGCUGCUGGGCAGCUCCGAGUGCCGGCAGCUGCAGGCGGAGCUGGAGAGCCCCGAGGAGGAGCUGGAGCUGCCGGAGCCGCCGCAGCCCGAGGGGAUCGUCCCCGGCCGCCGCCGCAGGGACAGCCGCGGCCAGCGGGGAUGCUCGGAAGCGCUGCGCUUCUGGCUGGUGACGGCGGGCGAGGUGACGACCUGGGACCGCCUGGUGCGCGCCCUCCGCCACAUCGGGCGCUCCGACAUCGCCGGGGAGCUGGGCAAGAACCUGAACCAGGACCGGAGCCUGGAGCUGCGCAGGAACGUGGAGCGGUACGGCAGCAGCGUGCAGCACCUCAGCUCCCGGCAGCUGCAGCCCGCGGGGCCGCGGGCCAGGAGGGCUCCGCUGCCCGGGGAGAUGCUCUUCGAGCGGCACCCGCCCUCCCAGUACAGCCGCGGGCUCCUGGGCUGGCUCCGGCCCGUGGCUCUGGGCGUGCUGGGAGCCUUCCUCACCUCCGUGCUGCUCACGGGCACGCUGAUGUACUGGUGCCACUGGAGGAGGCUGCUGGGCGCCUGAAAAGAGCCGCAGUAAAACCCCGUGGGGGCAUUGACACCCCGAG